UUAUCAACAAUAACCAAUCUUCUCUCGAGGAAACAUUCAUAAAAUUAACUAUUUCUUUUCACUUCUUUGAUUAUUACCCUCUAUUCUCACUUGGCCACUAAGGUUAAUUACAUGCAAAAUUAAAGGCCUUUAAAAUUUUUGUUCUCAUUUCUUGUUUCAUCGGUUUUGUUGGAUCGGCUUAUAAAUGAGAACAAAUCUAUUAUCAUCGUCGAGAUUGUCCAUUAUUGUUAGAUUUUUUGUUCUCUUCCGACCUACAGUUGGCUAUAACUUGAUCUAUACUACUCGAUCUUCAUCACCUUCACCAGAGUUUGUUUCAUUAAUGACCGGAUCACCGCCAUCGCCAGAGUAGUUGUAUAUAAAUAUACAUAUAUCACAAUAAGCACCUUCAAUUUUUAUUCAAUUGAUCUUCCUCACAACGACGUUGGUACCGAAAUCAACUGUGAGUUGUUUCCAUAAUGGAACCCUCUAACAACUAUGAAAGUAUUGGAGCUCAUCAUCAGGAGAGAAUUCAUGAAGAAACAGGGCAUGUUGAUACUACAACUGUUACAACAACCACCAUUGACAAUGAUAAUGAGACUAUCUCUCCAAUUGUUGCGAAGGGCAAAGGUGGUUGGGCAGCAGCAAUGUUAUUGUUAGCAAAUCAAGGGCUGGCAACGCUGGCAUUCUUCGGAGUAGGUGUGAAUUUAGUAUUAUUCUUAGCUCGAGUGUUGGGUAGAAGCAAUGCAGAUGCAGCUAACGAUGUGAGCAUUUGGACUGGAACUGUUUACUUAUUCUCGCUCGUUGGUGCUUUCCUCAGUGACUCUUAUUGGGGCCGAUUUCUCACUUGCGGCAUCUUUCAGUGCGUAUUCGUGGUGGGGUUGGUGCUAAUCUCAGUGGCAUCGGGAGUGUACUUGAUAAAACCCAAGAAUUGUGGCGACGGAUUCUUGAAAUGCCACCCGGCAACAAAUGGCGGCUCCCUAAUUUUCUACUUGGCCAUCUACCUAGUGGCCCUAGGCUACGGCGGGCACCAACCGACGUUGGCCACAUUCGGCGCCGACCAAUUUGACGAGACGUCUCCUAAACAACUAGAUGCCAAGGCCGCAUUUUUUUGCUACUUCUACUUUGCAUUGAACUCCGGAUCCCUAAUCUCCAACACCGUCCUAGUCUACUAUGAGGACACUGGAAAAUGGACGAUCGGAUUCAUUGCGUCGCUCGCCUCCGCUGUCCUGGCACUCGUUCUCUACCUUGGCGGCACGCCGUAUUAUCGCUACAUCAAGCCCUGUGGGAACCCCCUGCCACGUGUCGCCCAGGUGUUUGUCGCGUCAUUCAGAAAGCGGAAGGUCGUGCCGCCGGAGAAUCCCGAUGAUUUGUAUGAGGUUGAAGGUGCUGAGUCGGCUAUCAAAGGCAGCCGCAAGAUCCUUCACAGCAAUCAGAUAUUGUGCCUGGACAAGGCAGCAACGAUCACCGAUGCGGACCAACAAUCAGAGCCACAUCCAUGGCGUCUAUGCACUGUGACACAAGUGGAGGAAGCCAAAUGCGUGCUGAAGAUGCUACCCAUAUGGUUAUGCACCAUCGCCUACUCCGUUGUCUUCACCCAAAUGGCCUCCCUCUUCGUCGAGCAAGGGGACGUGAUGAACACCCAGAUCGGCAACUUCCGCCUCCCGGCGGCCAGCAUGUCGGCAUUCGAUAUAUGCUCCGUCUUAGUCUGCACCGGAAUCUACCGCCGAGUUCUCGUCCCUAUAGCCACCAAACUCAGCGGCAACCCAAAGGGCCUAACCGAGCUCCAGCGCAUGGGCAUCGGGCUUGUCAUCGGAACAUUAGCCAUGGUCGCAGCCGCACUCACCGAGAUAUGGAGGAAGAGGUACGUCAACCUUGGUGAGAAGGUGAGCAAACUGAGCGUGUUCUGGCAGAUCCCGCAGUAUACUCUUGUUGGUGCCUCAGAGGUAUUCAUGUACGUCGGGCAACUGGAGUUUUUCAAUGGACAGGCGCCCGACGGGAUCAAGAGUUUUGGAAGCUCGCUCUGCAUGGCUUCCAUCUCAUUCGGGAACUAUGUUAGCAGCUUGUUGGUCAACAUGGUGAUGCUCUUGACAGCGAGAGGGAAGAAUCCUGGGUGGAUACCUGCAGAAGAUCUAAAUGCGGGUCACAUGGAUUUAUGGUUCCUCUCCGUUGCCGCGGUGACGGUUGUGGACUUCGGGAUUUAUUUGUUUUUUGCCAUUACAUACAGACCAAUCUCACUGAACUAUUGCCAGAAAGAUAGGGAAGAUGAUGAUACAAUAGUCGUAGCUGAUGAUGAUGAUCAAGAGCGUGUGGUGGUUGGAAGAGCUUGAAAAUUUUGUCAGCUUAUUAUUUGAUGGUUAGUAGGAUCAACUCUGGUUAGUACAUAGUAGGAUUAGCUUAUCAUGAAGCACACAAAUGCAGUACUAGUAGUAGUAAUAAUGUUGUUAAUAGUUGUCUUUGGACCAACAUAUAUCAAUGAAGCAAC